AAAGAGGUAUAGCGCAUUUGCUGACGAUACGGCCGACUCAGAAAUCUAAAUGGAAAACACCGGUUUCCAAUAAUAGACUGGCGUGUUAUAUUUAAAUAUAAGGCCAACGUUUUUGAUGUUUCGUGCGAUGCGCAUGCGUUAACUUAGGAAGACACGAAAAAUUUGGAGGCGAUUCUUUUUCAAAAUCUACGCAAAGUUCAAUCAAAAAUCAACGUUUGAGCAUUGGAUUAUGAUUGGAGAGUGUUUUGGCAUCCCGAAUGAAUCCGAAAAAAAGGUAAAAUUUCGCGAAAAAGGAAACCUAAGAGCGAAAAUUUAAAUGGUGAGAGUGAGAACAAAAUUCGGAUUACAAGUACUCAGCAGGAAAAAAACACAGUCGAGGGACACUAGCGUCAUGAAUGGGACCACUAACCCACAAUACAACCUACAGAAUCCUGGACUGGCUAUUGUUCACCAAUCAACACCCGUUCCAGCGAUGAACAGCGCUCAGAUGACGCCAAUGUCUUUGCCUAUGGGUAACCAACAAUAUUAUCACGACCAAGUGAACUUGUCACCUAUCAGAAAUUACCCGCCAAAUCAGGAAUUAUCUGGCAAAAUCGACAACCUCACCUCCAAGCUCGACAACAUAAACGAAAAACUUAACAAACUUGACAUAAUCGAGCGACGGCUAAAUACAUUAGAGGAAAGCGUAAAACUGUCAAAAGAUGAUAUCAAACACAUGAAAUCAAAGUUUUCUGGAAUCGAAGAAUUUGAAGAAAACAAAACAGAACUUAAGGAACUCAAGGAUUCGGUGAAACAGAUUGAUAGUGCUACCAAAUCCCUUAGCAGUAAAGAACAAGAUCUCCAAGACCAGCUUGUUAACCUUAUCUGUGAUCACAACGAUUUGAACGAGAGGCAUCUUGAUAUUCAGUGGAGGAACAUGAGGAAUAAUCUCAUCAUUAACGGAAUCCCGGAAGUUCCCGAGGAAAACACCGAAAACGUAGUGAUAGAAUUCCUUAGUCGACAGAUGGAAAUAGUUCUAGACCAUUUCAAAUUCCAUCGCGUACACAGAUUUGGGCGCACUGGUACCGGAAGGCCGAGACCCAUAGUGGCCAAAUUUGUACUCUACAAAGACAAGGAGAGAAUACAAAAAUCCCAAAAGAAGCUUAAAGACACACCCUAUGGAAUCAGCGAUAUGUACCCUCGUGAAAUCAACGAAAGACGCAAAGAGUUAUACCCACAUUACAAGCGCGCCCGACAACAAGGGAUGAAAGUAGUGAUGAAUGGUGACAAGCUUUAUAUCAACAAUAAGUUAUUUGACCCACGUGAGCACGUAAACAACAACCACAUGGACACUGACCCCACAACCGGAAGGAAUCAUGGAGUCCCCAAUAGAGGCAGAAGAAUGAACUCUCAACGCUAGGAUUGUCGCGGAGGAUCAACGGAAUGUGACUCUGACAAUCCUGAUGUAAACUCUAUUUCAAACCCACAACUGUCAUCUGACUGUGCAAGUUAUUCACCCUCUCUUACAAGUACUGGUAAUUAUUUGAGUAUUUUAUGCCUUAAUGUAUUUGGUUUAAAACCUAAACUUCUCUGCCCAGAAUUUCUAGACUUCAUAGAAAAAUACGAAAUUAUCUGUUUAGUUGAAUCAAAAACUGAUGGUACAGAUAUUUUAGACAUUCCAAAUUUUGAUUGUUACACAAAGUAUAGACACGAGUUAUCACGCUUUAAAUCUGGCGGGAUUGUGGUAUACUGUAAAAACUCUUUAAGCGAUAUAAAAGAUAUCAAAAUUUUGGAUUCAAAUUUACCAUAUGUAUUUUGGUUAUCUCUGUCAUUUGAUUACUCAAACAAUAGAAAUGUCAGAAAACUCUUACUUGGUGUAACAUGUAUUCACCAGAAAACUCUAAAUAUGUUUCACCUACUGUGUUUGAUGAGAUUGAAUUUGAUAUUAAGCAAUUCUCCGAUGAUCAUGAUCUAGUAGCACUUAUUGGUGACUUUAAUAGUCGAACAGCAGAUAAAUGUGAUAUGUUAGAGGAUGAUUUAGAGGAUGUAUUAUGUUCUGAAAAUGACUUGACAAUAAACGAUUUUUCAAAUGUAAAUAUGUACAGAGUGUCAAUGGACUAGGACACAAAUAAUUUAGGUAAGAAACUACUUGAUUUAUGUAAACAUAUGAAUUUAUAUACAUUAUGAAUGAUCGAGUCGGAAGUGACCGUCUCGUAGGACAUACUACUUGUAAAAACACAAGUGUAGUAGAUUAUUGUAUUGGGAAUUUAAAUUUUUUUUUUCAGUUGUAGAUAAAUUUUUUGUUCAACCCUUUCCAUCAAUGUUAUCCGAUGUUCAUAACCCUAUAUCUGUUUGUUUGAAAAUUGAUUGUAAGUACUCAGAAUCAAUACAUAACGAAGAAACAGGAAAUGAUACAGAUCCUGAUUUGCCUAAUAAAUGGAGGGAUGAGAAAGCAAGCUUAUUUAGAGAAAAGAAUUAUGAAAAUAUUGAUUAUGUAAAUGAAUUAGUGGUUUUAUUGAUAAUGCUGUCGAUAAACUAUGUACUCUUUUUUUAGACUGUGGAAGUAUACUUUUGGUGUCAAAGAAAAUAGAAAAAGAAAUGUUAACAAAAGAUUUAAGAAACCAUAGUUUACUUGUGAAUGUUUAAAUGCAAGGCACUGUUAUAGAAAAGCCAAAAGAUUGUAUAGAAUUUAUGGAAACGAAAUUUUUAAAAUAAACCUUCUUGAGAAAGAAAAAGAAUAUAAGAAAACUAUGAAAAAUGCUGUAAACAAACACAAGUUUAAUAAUAAAAAAAGGUUGAGUGAAUGGUCGUCAUCGGCGAGUUAUCGCUCUUUUACACAUAGGUGGCGCUGCAACUAACUUGGUCCUUUCGCUUUAUGACGCUACGCGUUCCAGCCCAAUCUCUACCCAGAGUUGUCGUUCCUUGCUUUCACUUACACGUGUAAGUGAGUGUAAGGAACGAUAACUCUGGGUAGAGAUUGGUUCCAGCCUACCAGAAAACAUUUUCAAAGUUUUACGUCGCAAUCAUGGCAAUGAUAUCAAAAUAUGAUGACAUGCCCUUGCAGCAGCUGAAAGAAGAAUUAAGAAAGAAAAAUGCUAGAGUUUCUGGGCGAAAGAAGGAAUUAAUCGAAAGGUUGGAGGCUUAUGACAGCAUAGGCGUAGCUUGGGUUCGAAUAUUACCGAGGCAGGGGGUCUGGGGGGUUGCGCCCCCCAGAAGCUAUCGACAUUUUAACAACGUAAAAGGUGGGUUUUUGGUUUUUUUUACCGAGGCAGCUGCCUCGGUUGCCUCAAUGGAAGCUACGCCACUAGACAGAAAUAAUGACUUUGGGAAAUCAAAGGAAUACAUAGGGUUUGACUUCAGCAUGUAUAUUCCUGAUAUAACAGAGUACAGUGACCUACAUAGUGAAAAGAAAGUAUGCAAAAUCCAAAGAGAAGAAAUAGACAGAUAUCUUGGCAUAUUUGAUAAAAGUCUUGACAAAAAAGUACUAGAUCUGUACAAAGAAAAAUAUCUGUGUUACAUCCGUGUGAGUUCUACACAAGAUUGUGACUUUAUUCGAAGUGCAUGUACAGCUGAAAUGGUUUGAUUUGAUUUUUUAUGUUUUCCGCCACACUCAACAUUUUUUCAGUUAUAUGGUGGCGCCCAGUUUUUGUUGGUGGAAGAGAGAACCCAGAUACAAUGCACCUGGGAAGAGACCACCGACCUUCCGAAAGUAACCUGGGGAACUUUCUCACUUACCGGCGCGAGCAGGAUUCGAACCCGCGCCGACAGAGGUGAGAGGCCGUGUGAUUUUGAGCGCGAUGCUCUAACCACUCGGCCACGGAGGCCCGAGCUGAAAUGAAAAGAUCGGUGACAUAUCUGGUGGACAUAAAGCUUUCCAAGGAUGAACAACAAAUAGAAGAGGCCCAAUGUGAGUGUGGUGCAUGGAAUGGGUCCAUAUGCACACUGUAAGCAUAUUAGCACUGUACUCUAUGCCAUACAUGUAUUUAGCAAGACUGGAGAGGUUACUGUUGAGGAUUCAUGUACACAGAAAUUGAUGACUUUUCAGCACCCGAAAAAGUUUACAGGGUCCCCCUUGAAGGCUUAGGACCUCAAUAUUCCUGGUGCAGAUCAGGUCACAGAUAUUCUAUUUGACCCUCGACCUCCAUAUAACAGAAAUAACAAUUCUUACAAGGACUAUUUCAGGAAUGUGUGUAUGAAUUUCGAUGGAAUAACAUCCAUGCCAAUAUCCCAUUUAUUCCCACCAGCUAAUUCACUUGCAGUUGCUCAUGACCACGACUACCUGAAGCAUACCCCAGAGGACAUGUUCUUGAACUCAAUCUGUGUUGGUGAAAUAAGUGAAUUGCAGAAAUAAUUCCUUGAAAUUAACACUCGUGGUCAAAGUCGAAAUCCUCUGUGGAAAGAAGAGCGACUAAAGAGGAUCCAGUCAUCAGAAUUUGGCAGAAUUUGCAAGGCCACAGAAAAGACGGAUCAUUAUACCCCCCGAACGAAGUUCUGGGGGGUAUAUAGGAAUCACUCUGUCUGUCUGUCUGUCUGUCCGUCCGUCCGUCUGUCCGUCUGUCUGUCUGUGCAGAUUCGUGUCCGGGCCAUAACUUCUUUGUUCUUUGACUUAGGCAUACCAUAUUUGGCACACAGGUAGAUCACCAUGAGACGAUGUGUCAUGUACCUUCAUGACCUCUAUAUGACCUUGACCCCAAGGUCAAAAUUAAAGUUUUUUUUACAAUGGAUUCGUGUCCGGGCCAUAACUUCUUUGUUCUUUGACAUAGGCAUACCAUAUUUGACGCAUGAGUGUAUCACCAUGAGACGAUGUGUCAUGUACCUUCAUGACCUCCAUAUGACCUUGACCCUUGACCUCAAGGUCAAAAUUAAAGGUUUUUUACAAUGGAUUCGUGUCCGGGCCAUAACUUCUUUGUUCUUUGACAUAGGCAUACCAUAUUUGACACAUGAGUGUAUCACCAGGAGACGAUGUGUCAUGUACCUUCAUGACCUCCAUAUGACCUUGACCUCAAGGUCAAAAUUAAAAAGGUUUUUACAAUGGAUUCAUGUCCGGGCCAUGACUUCUUUGUUCUUUGACAUAGGCAUAUCAUAUUUGACACAUGAGUGUAUCACCAUGAGACGAUGUGUCGAGUACCUUCAUGACCUGUAUAUGACCUUGAACUUUGACCUCAAGGUCAAAAUUGAUUAUAGGGUUUUGACAUAGUCAUACCAUAAGACAUGGGUGUAUCACCAUGAGACUAUGUGUCAUGUACAUUCAUGACCUCUUUAUGACCUUGACCUUUGAUCUCAAGGUCAAAAUUAUAGGUUUAUGCCAUGGAUUUGUGUUUGGACUAUAUCUUCCAUUUUCUUCUACAAAUGCAUACCAUAUUUUUACACUCAGGAAAGAGGUAAUUUAUACCUAUUAACAACACCCUUUGGGAGAUUGGGGUAAGCGGGGGGUAUUCUUAGUGAGCAUUGCUCACAGUACAUCUUGUUUUAAACUUGCGAAAUCAUUACAGACUGCCAAAAACAUAUUUACUCCUGCGAUAUAUCAUGGCCAAAAACAUGAAACCGUUGCAAUCAGGCAAUAUGAGAAAGACUAUGACUGUAAAAUACAACAAUGUGGCAUUUUUGUUUCGAAAGAAUAUCCUUUCCUCGGUGCAUCACCCGAUGGUAUCAUCAGUGAUGAUGCCAUCAUCGAAGUGAAAUGUCCAUACAGUAUACAUAAUGAGGAAAUUUCAACAUCUAACUUGCCAUACCUACAACAUGGAGAUAACUGUUAUUUUGGACAAAACACACAACUAUUAUUAUCAGAUUCAAGGCCAGUUAUUUUGUUCAGGGCGGAAGAAAUAUGAUUUGAUUAUUUACACUUUGAAAGAUAUUAUGUAUUUAAACAUUGAAAGAGGUGACAAAUUCAUAUCAAAUAUGAUAUCUGAUUUAAAAGAAUUCUUCGACAAGUUCUUUAAACCUGUUUUGCUGGAGAGACUAUUUUACAAGUUUUGCAGUUGCUAGCUAUAUUUGCAAUGAUGGUGUGAAUUAAAUUGUAAAGUUACAUGGAGAAUUAGUAAAACUUGUUUACCUUACAUGUAACAUGGAUAUUAAAAUAUGAUUGCUUAUGAAUAUAAAACAGAUCAAUCAA